GAAACAUGUCGGUGGUUAUGAGCAGGCGUUCAGCGCGGACUACUACUGCGUAGUGCCGACACGGGUUGACAAGAAGCUAUGGGAUUAGCAAAAUAGUCCCGAGAUGCGUGUGUCUCCGUCUCAAAACAGUCUUCACUAGCCCUCUCCGGCACUCAGACUGUGUUGUAUAUUUCCGUAGGAGCGCUCGUUUCUGUAACCUUGUCUCACGGGAGCAUGUUAACAUCUGCGGCUUUGAGCAGAGCCACAAAACGAACUUGCCACCUGAGCUAACUCGCUAGCCCCGUUAGCAGGCUCGGGCUCGACGACAUAAUAGGCUGUUUCUGGGAACACGGUGUGCUCGCUGUGUCAGAGCAACCCAGCGCAUAUCAAGGGCAGUAUCUAGUAUAUUCAGAUAUUAUCCGUGCUCCGCCGCGUCUUUCACAGUUGCCUUUGUUGUGUAACCAUCUGCCUCGACCGUGGGAUGGUAGCGAGCGAGCUAACAGCAACUUAGCCGGUCCCCAGUGUCUCCGCAGCUCGCCGCUCUCGUUGCGCUGGCUAUAAAUACACUUCUUGCCCUAUGCACGGUGCCCCUCCAAAAGUGGUGGGCUAGUCCGCGUUGGGCUUGUCUCCCUCCGGCUUUUCUGGUCACCUUGCUCGGCAUUUGACACUCUACAUGGUCACUACAGUGAGUUUAAGACGACUUGAAGAGCGAGUCGGACCCCGAGGUUGCGAGCCGAGCUGGCCUGAUCUGACGUUACAUCGCCCCGGUCGGUGGACUUCAGGUGUCCGAGGAAACCAAACCGGGCUUUGGCUGAUCCGUGGCCGAAUAUCAGUUUGCCCUGAUGGCCUUAUCCUGUCAACAUUAGUAAUAUAAUAGUUCUUGGUCCAGCCGAGGGUUGUGUGACCGAAACUUUGUGAAGGUCAGAGAACAAAACGCUUUGUUUGGUCUGUCAGCUGUCUGAGAUUGGCGAGGCAGGCUUCAUCUGUCCAGAGCAGACACCAUGUCGGAGGAUAACAACGCAGACAAGUUCAUCAAGGAGACCUCCAUUCUAGACGAGUACAAUAUAAACUGGACACAGAAGUUGGGGGCCGGCAUCAGUGGACCUGUCAGAGUUUGUGUGAAGAAGUCAACUCAGGAACGCCUGGCCCUGAAGAUCCUCAUUGAUCGCCCCAAGGCCAGAAAUGAGGUGCGUCUCCAUAUGAUGUGCGCCAACCACCCAAACAUAGUGCAAAUCCUGGAGGUUUACGCCAACAGUGUCCAGUUCCCACACGAGUCCAGCCCAAGAGCGAGGCUCCUGAUUGUUAUGGAGAUGAUGGAGGGUGGUGAGCUGUUCCACAGAAUCAGUCAGCACAGGCACUUUACUGAAAAGAUGGCCAGCCAGGUCACUAAACAGAUCAGUCAAGCCUUGGAACAUUGUCACUCCUUAAAUAUUGCACAUCGUGACCUGAAGCCAGAGAACCUGCUCUUCAAGGAUAACUCUCUGGAUGCACCUGUAAAGUUGUGUGACUUUGGCUUUGCCAAAAUUGAUCAAGGAGACUUGAUGACCCCUCAGUUCACUCCCUACUACGUAGCACCUCAGGUACUUGAGGCUCAAAGAAGACACCAGAAGGAAAAAUCUGGAAUUAUACCUACCUCACCCACUCCUUACACAUAUAACAAGAGCUGUGACUUGUGGUCUCUUGGUGUGAUCAUCUACGUGAUGCUGUGUGGCUAUCCUCCGUUCUACUCCAAGCACCACAGUCGCACCAUCCCGAAGGACAUGAGGAAGAAGAUUAUGACAGGCAGCUUUGACUUCCCCGAAGAUGAGUGGAGCCAGAUCUCUGAGAUGGCCAAGGACAUUGUACGCAAGCUGCUGAAGGUGAAGCCAGAGGAGAGACUGACUAUUGAGGGAGUCUUGGCUCACCCUUGGCUCAACUGCACCGAGGCCCUCGACAACGUGCUGCCCUCUGCCCAAAUGAUGAUGGACAAGGCGGUAGUCGCAGGUAUCCAGCAGGCCCAUGCAGAGCAGUUGGCAAACAUGAGAAUUCAGGAUCUGAAUGUCAGCCUGAAACCCCUAAACUCUGUCAACAACCCAAUCCUCAGGAAGCGGAAACUACUGGGCCCCAAGCCCAGUGAUGGUUUCUUCAUUCAUGACCCAGAGAACGGAGGGGAAGACUCCAACGUAGCGCUGGAAAAAUUACGAGAUGUCAUUGCACAGUGUAUACUACCCCAAGCUGGAGAGAACGAGGAUGAGAAGCUGAAUGAGGUGAUGUAUGACGCCUGGAGGUUCAACAGAGACUGUAAACUGCUGAGAGACGGCCUGCAGGGCCUCAGCUGGGACGGACGAGCCUUUUCUGAUAAAGUCGACCGCUUGAAGUUGGCCGAAAUAGUGAAACAGGCCAUUGAAGAGAAGACGAAUCUUCAAGAAUCUCAUUAGCAAACGCUGUCUUUCUAUCUUCUUUUUAUAUUGUUUAUUAUGACCCUUUUUAACCCAUAUCUGUAAAGAGGCUUUUUUUAUGUAAAAUGAUGCGCUAAUUUUUUUUUUUUUUUUUUUUUUUUUUUUUUCAUGAAUUCACUUGCAAGACCUAUUGUACAGCUGUAGAUAUAUUUCAAAGAGGACUCAUUGGUACUAUAAUUUUUAAAUGGACACAUGCAACGAACAUUGAAAAAAACAAACAAACAAACAACUAUAUUUUCAUUUUUGCAAAAAAAAGAAAAAAAAAGUAGAGAAAUUAUUUUCUGGGAGGGAAUUUUUAUUAGCUGCUUGUCCGAGACGUCCCAUGUUUUAUCCCAGUUAUUUCCUUUUAUUCUAUUUUCUUUUCUUUUAACCAUCCUAAGAAUUUUAUUUAUUUAAAGAAAGAGUUCCAUUAUUUUAUACCUUACUUGUAGCCUGGCAGUGGCCUCUAACGUUGAGAGAAGCUACCUACGAUGUGACUUACACACACACACACACACACACACUCUCACACAUACACACACACACACACACACACACACACACACACACACACUGAAUCUCAGAUUGCGUUUAAGUUAUCUGAAUCUUUGUUUAUGUGCGACUUUCCCUUGACCUUUUUGUUUUGUAGAGGUCAAGGCAAAGUUGAAAUGGAGAAAGUGUCAUGAAAUAGACGAAUAUAGCCCCAAAUUCAUUUUGUCACAGCCCCCAUUUUUUGAAGCUAAUAAGAGACGACACUAAAUAUAUAUCGAAUCAGAGUGAAUAGACAUAAACACUAUGGCUGAGUUUCUUUCUUUUAGAUUCAUUUAGACAAAAAAAAUCUUAACUCAAGGUCCACUUACCAGCUUUUUUUGGAGCUUUUAACUGUCUCACAGCCUUCUUUAAGACUGAGUUAAGACUUUGUCAAACUCAUACGCAUCAAGUGAUGAUACUGUUUGUCAGCUUCUGAAGUUUGUGCCUGGCAAAUAAAAUUAUUAUUUCAAAUAGGCUUUUUUUUUAUAUGUCUUCCCAUUUCUGAUGUGAUUUCAGUCAAUCUGUGAAACUGAUACAAUUUGCUAUGGUGUAAACGUUGUACCUACUGGGACACCGGUUAAUAUUUUAUUCUAAUCAGAUUUUAGUUCCUUUUUUAAGAGCGCUUGCAACCAGAGCCAACAGAAACACAAAAAAAAAAACACCUGGCAAUUUUGGUGCAAUGUAGUCGACGUCUUUAUGCCAGAAAAGAUCAGUAGAAUGGUUUCAGCAUAAACAGGACUGUAUGGAUGUCUCAUAAAACAUGCUGUGCUACUGAAUGUGCAAUAGGGCAAUAAUUUAAUCAUGUACUCGUAGUGCAUGCAUGUACAUGGUAGUGAGAUGGUGUGUAUCAAUUUGUCAGUAUUACUGUCUGACCUACUACUUCAUUUCAGUGGUCUGAAUACCAGCAAUGUUCCCUCCCUUCGCUCAUCCUCAUCUUUUAGUUGUGAUUAUCAUAUCAUUGAUAAACCAGAGUGAAAAACUGUUUUGUCAAAGUGCUCCAAUCAUAUCUGAUAUUAUUGUUAGGGGUUGAAAGAGGGGAUUCAUGUUCAGGUGUUUGAAUGAGCUCAAAGAGUGUGUGUGUUCUCUUGUUCAGUGCCUGAUUAUUUCUUCAGUCAUAUUUUUUGUUUAUUUAAAAAAAAAAAAAAAAAAGAGGAUGAAUGAAAUUUCCCCUUUUGAUGAAGUCUUAGCUUUAUAUGGAAUAUAUUUUCAUGUUACCAUUGAUGCAUUAACCACAUGUUUUUGACCUUAAUUAAGAAAAGACAUCAAUUCUGAGUAAUAAGUGCAAAGAUUGGUGCGAUAUAUUGUUGCUGUCCAGUGGAAACAAAUUGGGUAUUUUGACAGAUAAACUAAAAGAUAAAAUGUUCCUUUUAUGGGCGGAUACAAUUCUUCCUAAGAUAAAUAAAACAUCUAAAAACAAACUGGAUUUAUUAUUAUUUCUUUUUUUAGUGUUUGGAGACAUAGGACAGUGACAAUAUGUCCGCUGAUUUUUGUAACUGACAUUAAGAAAAAGUGUAAGCCUUCCCGUGUCUGUCUGUAUUUCUUUGUUUGGCUUAAAAACAAACAAAGCAAAGUCAGUGAUUACCAACAUGAUUCUGAGAGAUCAUUUAAGUUUUACACUCAAAUGUGCCUUGUUGACGGGGCGGCAUCUUUAUCCUUUAUUGCUCUUAUCAGUAAAAGAGGAAAUUCAGAAUCAUGGAAGUAGUGAUUGGUAUUUGUCGCUUGUUUUCAUGUGAGGUUUUUUUUUCUUCUUUUAAUUCCUCACAUUGGUUUGGCACAAUUUUGUUGAAAUUGUUUCAGCAUCAUACUUGGAGGGGGUAAUCUGUCCUCCAAAAACAAUAGAUUAAUUUAUUAGCUUGUGUCUUAAGAACCCCCUAUUUCACCAAGUACACAUUAAAGAAAUAGUUCAACAUUUUGGAAAAUACGCUCACUGCUCUGAGUUGAAACUUGACUUAAGAUUUAAGGCUACAGCCAGUUGCAAGUUAGCCUAGUUUGGCAUAAAGACUGGAAAUGGCCAAAGGUAACAAAAUCCAGCUAUCAGCACCUUUUAAAGCUCACUAAUUAACACGUUGGAUCUCAUUUUCUAAAAUCCUGUUCAAAACUGUAAAUGUAAAAUAGACAAAUCAUUGUUUUUGGGGUUUAUGUGUCGGCCGGUGGGACUAUUUUCUAACUCUGCUGGUUCUAGCCAAAAAUAGUCUGGACACUGGGACACAAUACUUUUUUUUACACUCGAUGAAACAAUUGACAUACUGUGUUAAUUAGUGACUUUUCGAGGUGCUGGGGCCUUUUACUUUAACAGGCAGAUAUGGGAGUAGUAUCAGUGGUCUCAUCUCUACCACAGAGAGAAGUGCGUUGAUAAAAUGUUAGAACUUUUGCUUUGAACUGCAGCAAAUUUGUAUUUUUGUUUUAAUUUAUUGUAUCAUACAUUUUGUAGCACAACACGUCAAAUGUACAGUAUUGCCGAAUCAGCAGAGCUUCUCACUAAAAAUGCAGCCUAAUGCUGCUGUGUUGUUUUUGCUUUGACCAUGCCUGUGUGGAUGUGUGGCAGUAUGUUAUUAAUUUAUGUGUGCUUGUGUUUGUUUGUUUGUUUGUGUGUGUCCGGUUCAGUAUGCUGAACCUUCUUUGUAUUUCUGGAGGCCUAUCAAUGAAUCAGAGCCGCUUCCUUUAAAUCUCUUCCCCUCCCACAAAUAACAGAAUUUAUAUCUUCUGCUACCUGACUGAGCAUUAUUCUCGAAGGGUAGUGUAUUUAUUAGCAUUUUGUACUGUAAAGUCAAGGCAUGUAUCUUGAUAUUGACACUCACUAACAAAGAACGACCCAAGGGAAACAUGCAAUCAUGCUCAGACACCAUUUAGCUGCUGUUUUGCUGCUUAGUGUUACUAAAAAUCCCAGGGGGGGCAGUUGGAUUUGAAGAUGCUACCUCCCUCCCCUGCAUCCUCUUACUGAGUAGUUGCUGCUGCAGGAUGCCCCCAGACUGACAUUCAGGCUAACCCCAGCUUUAGGCAUAUAUUUUACCAAUAUUAAGUAGCUUCCAUUAGUCACUUCCUCUCUCUUAUCUGCUCAGCGAAGAGAGACGAUUUUAUACAAGGGGCAGGCUCUCCCCAUAUGGAUGCUGACUGAGGAUAAACAGCUGUGUCCUUCUUUUUUUUAAAUACCAGCUCAUUUAAAAUGACCUGAAAGACAGAAAUGGUUUAGUCAGCCUUUCUACUCUUGAUAAAUACUAGUUGCUUCCGACCCCCUGCUGUAUGUGUAUACAUGAAGUACGCAGAGGUGAGCUUUAUAUAUGUUGAGCUUAAAGUAACGCCUGCUUCUUUGGGUCUGGCAUCAAACAGAGAUGUAAAGAAGAAGAAGAAUUUAUUUCACCUGAAGUAGCCAUUCCUGUUUAUGUUGAUAAGUCAGGGAGAAACCUAGAGGAAAUCAUUUGAAGGUCUGGAGCCUUUUCUCUGCUUCACCAGUCUUUUUUUUCCUCUGGUCUGGCAGUUAUGUAGCAUGUACCUGAAUCCCUCAUAAAAACUCGCUGUUUUUCUGUCUACACAUCAUAUUUUACCCUCUCUGUCUUCUUUGGAAUGUCAUCAACAUGCUGACUUUGUAAUAAAGGAAUUCUUUGACUUUU